CCACGCGCAGCCUCCUGGGAGCGUAUAAAAGCCUGCAGUCACCGUGAAGGCAGCACGGAGGAAGCUCAACCUCUCAGGUGUAGUUCUGUCUGUCUGAUUAACAACCAUGAAGGCUGUGUCUCUGAUCCUGGCUCUUGCGGUCAUCACUGGCUGCAAUGCCCGUGCUCUGCCUGGGGCUGAGCCCUGGGAGAAAACCGUGGACCGUUUCUACGAGUACAUCGACAGCCUGAACCAAAAAGCAGGUGGAGUUGUGGACACCAUCAAGACCUCUCAGCUUAGCAGAGAGCUCGACACACUGAUCACUGACACUAUGGCAGAGCUAACAGUAUACAAAGACAGCGUCCAGGAGAAACUGGGCCCUUACACCGACGUCUCCACCACUCAGAUGUCUCAGGACCUGCAGCUUCUGUUCAACAAACUGCAGAAUGACAUGUUAGAUGCCAAGGAACGCAGCACUGAGUAUCUGGGUGAGCUCAAGACCAUGGUGGAGCUGAACGCCGAUGAUGUCCGUAAUCGCGUCAACAUCUACACGAACAAGCUGAAGAAACGCCUGGACAAGGACACAGAGGAGAUCCGCAGCACUGUGGGUACCUACAUGGGUGAACUCCAGUCCCGCACCUCCCAGAAUCUGGAAACCAUGAGAGGUCACGUUGAGCCCUACGUCCAGCAGGCCAGUGACACCGCCUCUGAGAAGCUGGGUACCAUCUCUGAGCUUCUGAAGACUCAGGCUGAGGGUCUGGGCCAGCAGCUGGAGACUCAGGCCGAUGCCCUGAAGGCUCAGCUGGAGGACACCGCACAGAAUCUGCGCACCUCCCUGGAAGGCAAGAUCGAUGAGCUGACCGAUCUGUUCUCACCCUACGCCACCCAGAUCCGUGAGCAGUUUGAGGGCUUUGUGGAGAAAGUCAAGGAAACCAUCCCAGCCUAAAGACUGCACAUUUUUAAAGGGUUUUAGAUCAUUGGUGGUCCACUGUGGGUAGUAAACCACUGAUUUCUUUAUACUCUUUCAAAGAAGGGAAAUGAGGGGUUAAGAGUUACUGAUGAUAUCUUCAUUUGGGUACACUUGUGUUCAGGGAGAGUGUGUUGAAAAGAGAGAAGCAAGAGGAGAAAGCGCUUUAUUUUACAGAUGAGUUUGGUUUCUAUCUUUUGCCUAUUUUUUCCCUCUCAUUUCUCCCACCAUCACUGAACACAAGUACCUCAUUCAAUAACACAUUUCAAUGCACAAAAGAAUCCAUUAUAUGCUUAUCUACUGUCUACUUUGAGUUAACUGUUCUAUCCAUUUCUCCAAGUUUUUGUCAUCAUUGUUUGUUUCAUACGGGGGUGGAGUAGAAGGAAACGGAUUGUAAAUACAACAUCUGCACCAAAUCUAAUAGUCUUACAUUUCAAUAAAUGCACUGAAAGAAGGGGACAUUCAUAUACAGCAGUAUGUAGAGGAAAUCCUGAACCACUAAGUGCCCUCUGUAUUGUCUACAUUUCUUGUUGUUGUGCCUCACAGAAGUGGAAUGUAAAAUGACUUGAUGCAUUUAUGACAAUCAUUAAGAAAAAAGCAAUGCUGCCUACUUGUUCUUCAGUCUGAAUGGUGUCCCUUGUGUUUCCUUUGUCACAUGCCCACCAUGCUGCUCUCAGUGUGCAAAACAGUGCUGAGUGAAUAAAGAACUUAGAAAAGA